UUUCAGGUCAUCUUGCUCUCCUCCCACCUUCGUCCCGCCACUGGGGGAAUCAUCGGAUCCCGACAGAAGGUGUGGGGGCGGGGUGCAGAGCUGGAGGUCUGGGCAGGAGAGCCAUGAGCAGCCCGGAUGCGGGGUACGCCAGUGACGACCAGAGCCAGGUCAGGUGCGCGCUGCCAACGAUGAUGGCCGGGAUGGGUCCCUGCCCUUGGGCAGAGUCUCUGAGCCCGCUGGGGGAGAUGAAGGUCAAGAGCGAGUCCAGUGCGGGCGCAGGGAGCGGAGGCAGUCCUACUGCUGCUGCUGCCGCCGGGGCUGCGGGCCGUGGCAAAGGAGAGUCCCGCAUCCGGCGGCCCAUGAACGCGUUCAUGGUGUGGGCCAAGGACGAGCGCAAGCGGCUGGCACAGCAGAACCCGGACCUGCACAAUGCAGAGCUGAGCAAGAUGCUGGGGAGGUCCUGGAAGGCACUAUCUCUGGCUGAGAAGAGGCCCUUUGUGGAGGAGGCCGAGCGGUUGCGAGUGCAGCACAUGCAGGACCACCCCAAUUACAAAUACCGGCCUCGCAGGAGGAAGCAGGUGAAGAGGCUGAAACGGGUGGAGAGUGGCUUUCUCCACAGCCUCCCCGAGCAGCCCAGCUCUGGGCUGGGUCCAGAGGGCAGAGUGUGUGGGGACAGCCUGGGACUGCCUUUCCAUGAGCAGGCCUACCACCAGGGCCAGGGAGUGCUGCCUCCUCAGAUGGGACACUACCGCGAGUGCCAGAGCCUGGGUCCUGGCCCUCAGUUUGACAGCUACAACCUGCCUACCCCUGAGGCUUCUCCCAUGGAUGGCAUGGAGCCAGAUGCAGCUUUCUUCACGUCCUCUCUCCAAGGGGACUGCCAGCCGGGACCCUACAGCUAUCCUGUAGCUUCUGAAUACUCUGUGCAUCCUGACUCUCACGCGGGUCCCGUGCACCACAGACACAUGCAGGAACCCCUGGCCCACUCUUUGCAGGGUCUGAUGGGCCCCUCCAACCCUCUGCAUAUGUACUAUGGUCCCAUGGGCUCCCCCCAGGCUGGGGGCGGUGUCCGUGGUUUCCAGAUGCAGCAUCAGCCAGGAUCUAGUCAACCCUCUCCUCCGCCAGAGACUCUACCCUGCAGGGAAGGCCCAAGUGCCAGCCAACCUGCUGAGGUCCAAGAGACUGGGAUCCACACAGAGUUUGAACAAUAUCUUCAUCAUUUAUGUAAAGCAGAGUUGGAGCUUGAUGGUGACCAUAACCCUUCAACUGUCUCCUCUAUCAUGUCUGAUGCCAGUUCUACAGUCUAUUACCAUAACUAUCAAAAUAUAUGACGCUCUGUGUUACUCACAGACCAAAUCCAACAAUAUAAAUGAUGUUGCAAUAUCUAUCAGAGUGAAGGCAAACUAAAAAUGUACUCUGCCCCCAAUUUUUUUCCAGUUAUAUGGGCAUUCUUUUAGUUUUAUUUAUGUUUAGAUUCUUCAUAUUUCCUGUGGGCAUUUGCUAAAGAAAAUAAUGAUAAAGUUAUAUAAUAGUUUUCUUUGUAAAAAUUUUCUAUUUCCAACUACACUUUUAGAAUUUUUGUGAAUCUGCAAAUAAGGCAGAAUGUUUUUUUUUUAAGGAAAAAAAUUGUUUUCUCAGGAAAGUAUAAGGGAAUUUAGCUUCAAAGGCUCUAGUUAAAAGUGUUCUCUACCUCUAUAAGAACAUCCCCAAAGGUGAAAACAUAAUAAACUCGAUGAGAGGUUGUAUUGGUAAUAUUAUUACAUGGAGUUGAAUUAUAAUUAAGACUUUCUUAUGCAUAUAUCACUUCAUGAAUGUGAGCUAGGAUAUUAAUUUUUUUAUCUUUGCCUUGUCACCUGCAUUUUUAACAGAUCUCCCCUUAUAUAAGAAACAAUAUAAAAGAGAAUAUGUUAACAUAAUCAACCAAAUCUCACAUGAUAUGCAAGUGUUUCAUACUCGCAAUCCCCUAUGUGAUUUUUCUUCUCAUAACUUUCAUAAUUGUAUAAUAUUUAGGUUUGAUUUUGUGGUUUUGUUCUUCCAUUGAUUUUGUUGUAGUCAUUGUACAUACUGUUUUCCUGGUUUAUUAUGUUUCACUUUGUGUCAAUUCAUAGAAGUCUUCUCCUGAUUCUCUGUAUUCUUCAUAGUCAUGAUUGGUUACCAUGCAGUAAUGUUCCAUCAUAAUCAUGUACUAGCAUGCCAUA